CUGGUGUAGUAUGCAAUGGCUGUCGUGAGAGGGAUGACCCGGGUUCGAUCCCAAUCCCCGCCACAUUGUCUAAGCUUAAAUUCACAACAGAAGUGCUUCUUCACAAUGUUUAGAAACAUCUUGAUUGGCAUCUCAGCUGCACUUAUUUUGCAGCACAUCUUGUCAGUAAUUUAUAGCCUGGGUUUCCAUAAGAGAGCGUAUAACCACAGACCAGGAUCAUGCCGAGUUGUAACAGGAAUUGAUUCUGGCUCAGAAGAUAUUCAUGUAUUGAGGAAUGGCUUGGCUUUGAUAACCUCGGGUAUAGAUCUGACACCCCUUGGCCACCUGAUGGAUCCAUCUGGUCUGACAUGGAAAGGACGUAUCUAUCUAUUUGAUUUCAAGCAACCCAAUGCCAAUGUGACUGAGUUGCCAAUACUGGGCAGCUUUGAUCACUCUGACUUCAGACCACAUGGCAUUAGUGUAUGGGAGGAAGAAACUCAAACCACUGUCUUUGUAGUGAAUCACAAGCAGCACCGUGAGGCAAUAGAGGUAUUGAGCUUGAACCAGGACAACAAGUCCCUUCAAUACCUGUAUUCCAUUACAGAUCCACUCAUGAGAAGUGUCAAUGACGUGGUUGCUGUAGGAAGCAACUCAUUUUACUUCACUAAUGAUGGCUAUAAUAAUCAGCUGUUCAAGCGAUUCCUGGAGCGAUUUCUGAAAUUCCCUUGGGGUAAUGUGAUCUAUUAUGAUGGGGAUGCUGGGCGUGGACAAGUUGUUGUUUCCAGAGGUCUGGAACCCAAUGGCAUCAACAGAUCUCCAGAUGGCAGGUACAUUUAUGUUUCAUCACCAAUAGUUGGCACAGUGACUGUGUAUGAGCAGCAAGCAGACCAUGCACUCCAACCCAUUCAGGUGAUUGAUCUUAGUACGAGUCCUGAUAACAUAUAUGUGGAUUCAACAUCAGGUGACCUUUGGUUGGGAUGUCACAUGAUCGGCUAUCAGAGCAUGCUCCACUUUCAGAAUUUUACUCAACCGGCCGCAUCACAGGUAUUGCACAUCCAGCUGAAUUCCAAGGUGGCACCGUACACUUAUGAUAUCAGAGAGGCAUAUGUAGAUGAUGGUAGGCAAGUGUCAGGCUCAUCAGUAGCUGCCUACUAUAAUAAGCAACUUCUUAUUGGUUCAGUUGCUCAUAAGUUGGCACACUGUCAGGUAGUGGCCUUCUAGGUCUGUUUCUUAAUGCUUUUCUUUUAUCUCUGUUAUAUUUAAAUUGCGAAUGUCUAAGGCAUUGCUCUGUCAUUAUGCUUAAAGUCUGGCCAGUAAUAUUGGCUGUUCAUCCUCAAAUCAUGUUAUAUUUGUACAACACUUACAUUUUCUAUGUCUUGAUUGGCCCGAGCAUGCCACAUGGUAUUCCUUAUGGCACUUUUAGUUCACUUUCGAAAACCACAACAAAAGGGACACACAGCAUGCACGUACAAUUUGGGUGAUUUACAAUGCAGUGCGCCACCAAAAGUUUGCCAUGGAGAGUCCAUUUUUCAAGUUUACAGUCGACAAAACAUGGCCCAUUUGAAUAAGUGUCAGUAGACAAUUUGAGCUAAUUUGUUAUAGAUUGGAACAUACGGCUUUCUGCCGCCUUACACAAAACACCAUGUUGAUCAAAAGAAAAGAAAAGGGCAAGCAGAUACUCAAAAUGCUCCGUGGGAAACUCUUGGUGGCGCACUGCAUUGUGAAUCGCCCGAAUUGCAUGCAUGCGUUUGGCGCUUAAUACACACAACGUGUUUUGUUCUGCAUGUGCACAGACCUGUGUGAGCAUCAGGGGUCAUCGGUCAUAUGUUCAAAUGUUCUUUUUUCAUAUACUGCCCCCAGUUUAAAAAAAUGUGUUAUUCCACAUUUCUUUGCAAUCAAGAACGAGUGUAAGCCAGCUAGUCUGGUUGCCUCUUUUGUUUGUACUUUAAACUUUUUAGUAACACCUCCCAUAUGUGUUGUACACGAUUGCAAUUGUGGAUGUGGCAGGCCAUGAUAGUGGUGCACUUUGUGUCCAAUCAGUAUUAUUUGAAGAAUGAGACAAAAUGUACAGUGUGAGGUACAAAACAGAACUAAGUUUUUUAAGUUGUUGAUUUUUACUUGGUUUUAGGUUUUAGUUUACCGGUAGUCUUUGCUUUUAGUUACACGUACAUUGUAUUUUUUUUUUUUUUUUUAAAGUUCAGUCUUUUAAGUUGGUUUUUGGUCUUUGAUUUACAGUUCUUGAAAAUAUUUUUAUUUUUUUGGGGUCAAUUCAAUUCAAUUCAAUUCAAGAAUACAUUUAUUCCACACUCCUUUAGAGAAAACAUCCAUACAUUCAUUUUUCCAGGUCACAUGGACCUUCGGGAAUUGUGGACCCUAUUGUUCAAGGUCUCCUAUUGAAUGCAAAACCGAACCCACAUACUCCCUUUGUAGUUAAGUAUUCCAAGGGAAUCUUUUGGGAAAAGGAGAACCAUACACUGACACAGAGAAAGACAUCCUCACUCUAAUAAUGGAUGUUUCCUCAUUGGUACAGGUUGGCUAUUAUUGGCCCUCUCAGGUAAGAAACAUACAUUGUGGUGGAUACAUAUUUGAAAAUCUGUCUUAAAACAUGCCAGUCAAAUUGCUAGACACGUCCAAACCACCAUAUGUUAACGAUUAUAAAACACAGCGUUGUGCUAGAACAUAUUAGCAGUAGAUACAAUAGAAUAAAUUCUAGUGAUUUGUCCAAAGCUUAAGAAUAUACGGUAUAUGGAGAAUUACCUGUUCCCAUCCAAGUAUUUUGUUGCAAAUGGAGACCUCUUAGAACAACAGAAAUGUUACCAUCAUGUUAAUAAUAACAACCUUUGAUUUAAUUGUAUAGUAAAUGAAUGAUCUGAAAUAAUGUAUUGAAAGAAACCAACUGAUAACUGCUGUAUUUAUCUGUUAUUAUUUACAAGGAACACAAAAAAUUGGCCCUGUUGCCUUUAAACUUUUUAGCAAUGAUAAAUGAUUUUUUGUCUUCGCAGCCAGAUGUGUUUUAUCAUGCAUGCAGCAGCAACUUUAUGGACUUAGUGACUGGUCAGUUACAAAAUAACGCGACCCUCAACCCAAACAAAUGUCCGGCCAUGGUGUCUUGUUUUUGGAGAGUACCUACUGCCAUACCUAUUUUUCAUAUUGGUGAAUCUGUAAUUAAUCAGACAGAUGGUGUCAAGUUGCUAGGUGUUCAUAUACAGAAGAAUAGGAAAUGGGAUUUGCAGGUCAAGAAUCUGUGUAAAACAUUCAACAGAAAAAUGUAUAUUUUACGGCAGUUGAGACGGUGUAAUGUUCCUGCGGACAGUUUAUUUACAAUAUGUGGGCCCUGCUUUGGAGUAUGCUGCACCGGCCUGGCUCUGCAGCCUGACAAAGAUGAAGAGAAAGAGUGAUUAGAAAAACUAUAAAGGAAAGCUUUCUGUAUAGUCUUUUCUGAUGCUCAAUGUAAUAACCUAUCAUACAAAGAGAUCUGUGUGUCACUUAAGUUUCCUACUGUAUCUGAAAAGUUAGAACAACCAGCGCUCAACUUUGGGAAGAGUCUCCUUGAGUCCAGGUGCUUGCCGCACCAACCGUUAAGCAAUUAAGUCCUGCCCAAUCCCGUUUUUAACAUAAUCAUCACAGGUCAUCAUUGGCCUUGCAUGUGCUGGGGUUUCUGGACAGUGGACACAUUAUGUCCCUUGCGAAUUGUGGACUGGCCUUGUUUGUCUGCCCUCUUUUUGAAGGUGAUUGGCCAGUGAUUGGCUUACAACUCUGUAAAUAAUCAAACCUACAGAUUUUAUCUCUUUUUUUAUCUCGCUUGUUUGUUUAUACACAGCUCAUGGUAAAGGCCUUGUAGAUUCUCCAAACAUUUUUGUGGUGAUUUAAUUAAUCCAUUUUCUAUGUCUUUGAUUAUGUAUACUGUUUUUUGUCCCGGUAGUUUUUUAUGUUUGUGUUAAUAUUUUUUUCUGGCAAAUUUUUGUGUAUUUUAUGCAAAUGUAAUUUUGAUGCUAAUGUAUUUUAAUUCUGAUUUUUAUUGUAAACUGACUGUAAUUCAGCCCACGGCUGUGAAAGUCUUUAAAUAAACCAUUAAAAAUAAAAACCUGUGAUUUACUUGUUACAGUAAUGAAUGAUCUCCAAGUAAUGAAGUGAAAGACACCAACUGAUAACUGCUCAUUUACAUGUUAUUAUUUAUUCUCUUUAAUAUGCAUUAACUUUUUGUUGGGCAAUGUAUUGGAUUUUCACAAACGAAAAUAUGUGGAAUAUACAUGUACAUCAACACCAUACUACCAUAAAUGUGUACAAGUUUUCAUGAAGUUGUACAAUAAGCAUUAC